AUGGUUUUCUCAACAAAGGGCAUUAUCCCCAAUUUUUACCCAAAGAAUGAGAAAAGACCAGGAACUGAAAAGUUAAAUAAAUCUGGAAGUGAGUCGUUAAAAACUGCAACUCAAAACAAAAAUGGAGGACAUCAAAGAGAUCAAGUUGCAUCAAUGGUGGUGGACGCCAUGCUUACUCCGAUCAACACAACUAUGUCUCCUCCACAGGUGACAUCGUCAAGCAAGAACACUACUGUGUCUUCGAUAAGUAAACUAUUGUUGAAAUCAACCAAAACUCCUAGUCUAACAGAAAGUACAAAAAGUAUUAAAGAAGCAAAGUCCCCAGCAAGCACAACCACCACCACUUCAGCAGCAGCAGCAGCAGAAACCACUACCACUGCUACCACCACAUUACCCACUACUACCACCAAUACUACUACCACGACAACAACAACAACAACCACUGCAGUCCCAAUUAUGACAACUACGUCAACACCUGAUGUAAAACCUGUAGAAACAAGUACUAGUACUCCUCCAGAAUCAACAACAACAACGAUGAAGACCAAAACAACAACAACAGAGGUUAAAACAACACCAAAUACAUCCACUCUGUCCACUACUAAACAAGUUACUGUAGCGCCUGUGAUCACAACAACGAAGAAACAGACAGCAUUUGUUACGCAUACUAUGGAAAAGGUUGUGACAGCGGCUCCUGUCACAGAAUCAAAAACGAAAAAACCAUUGGAGCUGACAACUAAAUUUCCUUUAAGAACAAAGCCGUUACCAGAAAGUGGACUUUCUAAUUUAGACAGUGAUACAUCUAAUAAAGACAAAACAGCUGAGGGCAACAAAAGUAGUGGAUCUAAGAAUACCGAAAAUAAAGAAUGGUCACAUUCUCUUACUGAAGUUGGGGACUCUGGCUCGCAUAGGCCUGGCGAAGGAAGAACCGACACGUCUAGUUCAGAAGAAGAGACAAAGCCGGAUCUUGUUACAGGAACAUGCCUUACCUGCAAGCAAGAGAAAAUUGUGAUAUCUUCAGAGCAGAACAAUAAUGAAAGUGCUCUGGACAACAUGAAAGUUUUGAGCUCUUCCCAUGGAAAUAUAAACACGAGUUCAGGUAGUAAUGUUACUGAUCUGUCAAAGGAAGGGAUUAGCUCUACUUCAUCAAAGGAGGAAGGGAAAUGGGAACAACAGCAUGUAGAAAAGGGAACUGAAGAGAAAGAAACAAGUGAUAAAAAACUCAACAUUGUGCUUAAACCAGAAACAUCAAAUGAGAAAGGCAAGAAACCUGAAACAACCUUGACCCCACCGAAGGACACCAACGUUGACCUAAAUUCUAAAGAAGAAAAAAAAACCCAGCACCGGUACCACAAAUCCACAAGUUGUCAGGAAUCAAAGGGUUUUUACCAGAACGGUUCUGGAUCACAAAUCAACAAACCAAGUAAGAAACCAGAUGUUUCUGAAUCUAAGCCUGUGGUAACAAAACCAGGUCAGGAAACAUUAUCAGGGACAUCCACUGGUCAAAAUAUUUCUCCUACACCUUCUCCCCGUCCUAGUAGCAUGCCUGCAGGAACUCCAGCUAGCACUACCGAAUCAAAGCCUGACAAGGCAGUCUCCAAACCAAACGUACCCGAUUCUAAACCGGAACAGGUGGCGACAAAACCAAGUCAGGAAACAUCAACAGGAACAUCCACUGACCUAAAUGUUCCUCCUACACCUUUUCCUCAUCCCAGUGACAUACCUCCAGUUAGUCAAACGACAAAACCAAUCGAUUUUCAGACACCUGUGGCAGAACAAAGCAUCCACCCUGGUAAUAUUCCAGGAACCCCAUCCACAACACAGAUACCUGCAGUAUUACCAGGGGUUCAGACACCCUCGCCUGGACCAGGGCAGCGCUUAGUAGCCUCUACUGAACAACCAAAGCUACCACAACUACCAGUGCCUGGACAAGGCAUAUCUUCUUCCUCUACUUCUGCUGGAGGUUGGACAGGUUCAUCAAGUGUUCAAGUGGGACAAAGUGGAAAUACAGGCCAAGGAGGUACUAUUUCAAUACCUGUGGAUGUACUUAGUCAACUUGGAAUAGGAAGCGGAUCAAUUCAAACUGGUGCAACACAGGGCAACAAUACAGGCGGGUCAGUUCAAACUGGCAAAACACAGACUGGCACAAGCUGGCGGUUUCAAACUGGAGAUUCACAGUUAGGAAUAUCUCAACAAAGUGGUUGUGUGCAAUCUGGUGGGGCGCAGUUGUGUGCUGGAACGCCACCACCUGUCGUUACGACCACAACACCCAAGUUGUUGCUAGAAUCAUCCACCAUAAGCGCCACCACCGCUACCACCACAACCACUACGCAAGCACCUACAACAACCACUACCACAACUGCAGCCACAACAACCAUCAUGGAAAAACUCUCCACAACAGUAAGGAAAACGAAGAAGCCUACAAAGUCUAGAGUAACUUAUCCGAAACCAGUUAUCCCAAGUCGAGCUGGUGGAAACGACUGUCUAAAUUUUCCAAAUUGUAAUCCUUCGCUACUUGGAGUUAAUUCUAAUGGCAACGUUUCUGGAGAGAUGGGCGUGGCCGUACUUACACCACAUCCAAACCCUGGUGGAAAUCCAAAUCAAGCAGACAUUUAUAACGUUUACCAACAGCUGCCUGGUCAAACGCAAACUCAAGCCAUACAAAUAGACGAACUUACUAAAAUUAAUUUUGGUGACAUGGGGAAAAAUAAUCACAAUAAUAAACCUGUUGCGGCAACUAAAAACAUGAAUGACUGUCUAAAUUUUCCUAACUGUAAUCCUUCAGUACUUUGA